GUUGUCAUGGCAAGAUUAGAGGUGGUUCUGAACAUAAUCUCAUUUGGGGGGUGGAGGGGAGAUGCAGAAAAAUGAGAUCAUGACAAUGUCGCCGUAUAAAUGAUCAGAGCACUAGUUAGCUGGCAGACUGCAAACUCUCUGAAGGAGACCGUACCAAGUGGGAACUGGAGACACAAGUGGAUUGGGUUAAAAUAAACCAAGAAGUUUUUGUCUUUCAAUACUGAAGGGAUCCAGGGAAUUUUUUUAUUUCUUUGCUCAUUCUUCCCUAGUGGUGCCUGCGCUAUAGUUUUGGAAACAUGUGUUGCGGAGGGUGUGCAAAGUGCCUUGGAGGUACUCUCAUUCCUCUGGCUGUGCUAUGUGCCCUUGCUAAUAUUUUGUUGUUUUUCCCUGGAGGAGAGGUUGAAACCGGAGACCAUAUUUCAGAUGAAGUUUGGUACUUCGGAGGGAUCUUGGGUUCUGGUGUACUGAUGGUGUUUCCUGCUUUAGUCUUCCUGGGUCUUAAGAAUAACGAUUGCUGCGGGUGCUGUGGCAAUGAAGGUUGUGGAAAGAGGUUUGCGAUGUUUACUUCCGUAAUAUUUGCGGCAGUUGGAGUUUUGGGUGCUGGAUACUGCUUUAUUGUGUCGGCUGUCGCCAUGAACAGAGGCCCUAAGUGUGAGAUAUCAAACAGCACCUGGGUGUAUCCAUUUGCUAACGGGGACUAUCUGACGGAACAUACGUUAUGGGAAGAAUGCAAGUUUCCGGAGUCCAUCGUGCCCUGGAACUUGACUCUAUUCUCUCUACUGCUGAUUAUGAGCGGAGCUCAAUUGGUGCUGUGUGGCAUCCAAGUUAUCAACGGACUGCUUGGAACGCUGUGCGGGGACUGUAAAUGCGGAUGCUGUGGGGGAGAUGGAGCAGUUUAAAUAUACAGAGACUGCAGAAACCACCUCUUACAAGGCUGAAAAUGCCCUGCCAGACCUUGAUAUGAU